CAGGCAGAAUAUAGCCCAAGAAGUAGACUUUACAGCCACCAGUGACGCAGGGUGACCCUUCAAGUUGUCAGCCGUGUGAUCAUCGAUGUGCAACAUCAAAUGGAAAGUGCGGCACCGCAAGCUCCGCACGAUGUCAUACAAUUUUCAUUAGGACGCCACAAGUCACAACCCUUACGAAUUAACAAGAUUCCGAUCAGGCUGCCCUAUAAGUAUUGCACGUUGCUGAUCAGUAGCCUAUCGUUCACUUUUGAAUCCCCCAUUUGAUCUGCACAGUGUCAUGUCGGGACUAGAAGGAUCUCUCUAUGCUCUUGAUUGGAAUAACAACAUAUCAGUUGCAAGCAUUACCCUGAUAUCCUAUGAGUACAUGCUUCAGUUUGAGAAAGAGGGUAACGAGGAGUCAAUCACGUUUGUUUGGGAAAGACCGUGGUCAGCGAUGUCAUAUCUAUACCUUUUUGUUCGAUAUUUUGGGGGAGGUCUAUUGUAUAUGCCUGAAUCAGUGAGUUAUAGUAUGUUUUUGUUUGUGCAAUGGGGUUUUUCUGUAUAUUUGUGCUUUGCAAAAGUCAUUCUCAUCUGGCGUCUUUACGCCCUAUGCAACCAAUCGAAGCGCAUACUUUACGUUUCCCUGGGGUUGCUCCUACCUAUCGUCGCGCUCUAUAUAGCGGUGGAUAUAUUUUUAUGGAGUCAACCCUCAGCGAUCUCAAUGCAAGAAAUAGUAAUAACUCCAAACGUCAAGUACUGCACGUAUUUCUUCCACGUCGGGCCUCUGCCUGCGGUAUACGCUUCCAUCCCCGUCAUAUGCUAUGAUAUUUUCCUGGUUAUUCUCGCCAUUGCCGUCCUCGGAAAGCACCUGAAAGAACGGAAGGAACUUGAAAUAAGGCCUAAUGCAUAUGUAGUCAUGAUCGUCCGAUAUCAUGUCAUAUACUUUGUCCUGAAUUUGGCAACUCAAAUCUUCAUGGCGAUAAUGUGGGCCGACCUUCCGACGGUGGUGAUGUAUCUCGUACAGCUGUUCAACGGUACCGCGCCAUUUAUUAUCGUGCCGCGUGUUAUCAUCAGCAUUUGGGAAACGCAUGCCAACGACACCUGUAUGCAUGUCAGUACGACAUUCGAGGAUUGCAUCUGUUGGACUUCGCCACAGACGUUGGAGCAGUACGAGAUGGACUCCCGCGUGUGAUGCUCCAACUUGAGAAAUGAGGUAAAGUGAAAUCCUCUACUCAGGCUCAGGCUCUCGUCCUAGUAAAAUUCUAUGAUACUUCAUAGGAACAAGUAGUCCAGGGCCCGAUUUUUCUGUGUCACUAUGUACUACGAUAUCCACAAAGUAUCUGCAUAUAUUGAGCUUAUAUAAAUCAA